AUGGCCCCCGCCUCCAAGACCACCAAAAAGAGCGGCAAGACGCGCUCCGCCCUCCAGGAUGUCGUGACCCGCGAAUACACCGUCCACCUCCACAAGCGCGUCCACGGCCGCUCCUUCAAGAAGCGUGCUCCCUGGGCCGUCAAGUCCGUCGUCGAGUUUGCGCAGAAGGCUAUGGGAACCACCGACGUCCGCCUCGACCCCAAGCUCAACCAGGCCCUCUGGGCCAAGGGCAUCAAGUCCGUCCCCCACCGGAUACGCGUAAAGCUUGAGCGCAAGCGUAACGACGAGGAAAACGCGAAGGAGAAGCUCUUUACCUACGCGAGCUGGGUGCCCGUAGACUCGUUCAAGGGUCUCGAGACCGUUCUUGUCGACGCGGAGUAA